AUGGCAGAUUGGUGGCCGCCGUGGCCGGCACUGGGCAGGAAGAGAAAGAUCCAGGAGAAGACGGGAGUUCCGGCCUUCCGACAGACGUUGUGCGACGUGGAAGAGGGACGCAGUUGGGAAGACUUGGGUCAUCCCAGACAGGUCCCGGUGGUGCUGAAUCGCCCGGUGAAUGAUCAUGACGAAGCCUUGUUGAGGGCUGUCACUGAAGGCAAUGGUCAGGAAGCAGUCGCGCUGUUACGGGGCUUUCAGGACCCAGACUGCCGAGAUUUGUUGGGAGAGACCGCGCUCUCCAAGGCAAGUCAAGCUGGGGACUUGCAGCUUUUGACGAUGUUGCUGGAGGCGGGCGCUGACAAGGAGUUGGGAGAUCUGCACGGCACAAGGCCAUUGCACUUGGCCGCGUUGCGCGGUCACCUGGAGGUAGUGAGAACUUUGGUGGAAGCAGGUGCAGAAACGUCCAAGGCUGAUUCGCACGGUGCGGUUGCGCUACAUAUGGCGGCCCUGAACGGUGAGGUGGAAGUGGUGCGUUUCUUGGUGGAAUUGGGCGAUGACCAAAAUGUGCUGGGCGAUCUGGGUGCGACACCUUUGCACAUCGCGGCAGAGCGUGGACACGUGGAAGUGGUGCGGUAUUUGGUGGAAGCGAGAGCUGACAAAGACAAAGUGAACCAACGUGGUGCACCAGCCAUCCACAUGGCAGCACUCAGUGGCCAUGUCGCUGUGGUCCAACUUCUGGUCGACUUGGGGACUGACAAAGAUCAGUCCGACUGCAACGGAGCGGGACCUUUACAGCUCUCUGCCGAGCAGGGCCAACUGCCGGUGGUGACGUAUCUCACCGAGGUCAGCUGCGACCUGCAAAAGGCGGACCUCCACGGCACCGUGCCGUUGCACAUGGCUGCCUUGCACGGGCAUCUCGAUGUGGUGCGGGCCCUGGUGGCGGCUGGCGCGGAGAAGGACUACGCAGAUCAUCAUGGAGCCGUGCCGUUGCAUAUGGCCGCUUUGAAUGGUGAAACCGAGAUCGUGCGCUUCCUGGUGGAGGCUGGAAACGACCCAGAUAGCAUGGCCGGUUUGGGUGCCACGGCGCUUCACAUCGCGGCGGAGCGAGGUCACGGGGCCCUGGUGCGCUACCUGUUGGACGUGGGAGCCAGCGUUCAGAAGCAGAAUCUGCGGGGCAAGAGCGCGCUGCACAUGGCCGCCCUGAGCGGUCACCUGGAAGUACUUCGUCUCUUACUUGCUGAAGGAGUUGACAAAGAUCAGCUGGAUCUGCAAGGUUCGACAGCCCUUUUGUUGGCUUCAAAGCAGGGCCAUCUUCCAGUCGUGACUUUCUUAUUGCAUGCCUUGGCAGACCCUGACAGAUGUCGUCCUGGUGGUACGAGCCCUUUACAUGAGGCGGCUUUCGCAGGGCAUUGGCAGGUGGUGGCUGCAUUACUGCAGUUUUGCCAGCAGUUCGAUCCAGUGGACGACCAUCAGGCUCUGCCCUUGUAUCUGGCUGCCGAGAAUGGUCAUGCCAAAGUGGUUCGCUGCUUGUUACAAGCGAAAGCCGACAAGGAGCACAGCGUGCACUCCGUGAGCCCGCUGCAUGCUGCUGCACGGCAUGGCCACUUGGAGGUGCUGAUACUCUUGUUGGAGGCCAAGGCUGACUGCGACAAGGUCAGCGUGGAAGGCAGCCGAGCCCUUCAUUACGCCGCACGCUACGGCCAUGCCGAGCUUCUGCGUUGCCUCAUGGAGGCUGGGGCGGAGCUGAAUGCCGUGGACGGGAACUCACGCAGCGCCUUGUACUUGGCUGCGGAGAUGGGACAUGUCCAGGUGGUUCAGCGGCUCCUGGAGGCUCGUGCCCGAGUCCACCAAGCAGAUCGCCGUGGAGAAAGUCCGUUGCAUGCAGCUGCUGCCAGUGGUUCGGUGGAGGUGGUUCAACUUCUGAUGUCUGCGGGUGCAGAGAAAGAUCACGUCGGGCAACAAGGAUCGGUCCCAUUACACAUAGCUUCCUUGAACGGGCAUUUGGAUGUGGUACGUGCCCUGGUAGAGGCAGGGGCUGACAAGAACAAGGCGGGGCGAGGGUCAGAACGUGCCAUGAGGAGUUGCGAUGGUGAGCGCGUACCUUACCCGAAAUGGCUUUGGCACCUGACAAUGCAAAGCAAUGCAAAAGAACAAAAAUUGGUGGUCUCGGCGUGGAACCUCAUUUCUCCAUGA